GCGGCACGUCGCGACGCUCAGUCUACCGGCGUCGUCCGUGCAACAUGAACGCUUCGAGCUGCUACUUUGCCGGUUAAAAUCGCGUGGAACCUCGAUCUCUCACGGUCUCGCCGUCGACGCGCGUCCUUACCAAAUACAGCUGAAUAUUUUGUGCGUUAUUUUGUGAAUAUUUUGUGAAAUGCGGUUGUGCCGAGAACACAAGUUGGUUCGUUCCGAUACAACGAAGAAUCGUGUAUUUUCAGUUUGCCGUUCGUUGUGGCGUUUUGACACAAUCUCAAAACGAUCUGCCCCUUCACUGGUAAUUUGAGGCGUGAAUUUUUGGUGAACAGUUGUGCUCAAGAUACACGCUAUUUUUAUACGUAUAGGGAGAUUUAAUAAACGUUGAGUUUUACUUUUCUCUAUAUCGAGCGAAAUAAUUAUAAUCACCUAAAAAUCCGGAGUCUUGAAAAUAUUUUUAGAAAGCCCAACAAUUUCCUGUUCUUUGGCACGUUGCUCGGAAUAAUUGCGAACGAUUUUUAAGAAUGAAUCAACUUGGCUUUCUUGGCUCGUGCUAGGCAUCGUCGUCUAUAAAAGUACAACAAUUUUAUUGAGAUGAGAACAAGAUGAGCCGAAAAGAGUCGCGCGAAUCUUCUUAGAAAGAUUUAAUCGAUCAAUUUCUAUCGAUAAAAUGGGAUCAUCGAAAACGUUUCGGCGCGGAAUCCUGCGAUCAAAAUGAACAUACCAUGUCUGUUGUGGUUGGAGUUUUCUAGUGUUAAACUCGAUAUAUCUAAAUUGCCAGUACAGCGAGGAUUGUAACAUUUAUGGUUUUAAAAACUGGGACAAUGGAUUUUUAAUUAUCGUAUUUUGAUUCGUCGUAAUUCGAAGAUGGAAUUUUAUCCCAAGUGGAAGAAAACCCACCCCCCCUUUCGAGGGGAGAAUUUUUCACGAAGAAAUCAAGUUAUCGAAGUAACGAAGAAUUUAUGAAAAGUGAACGAAGCGUACAGUUUCAGAUUUGCCCUGAAAAAGUGAACUUGCAACGGAAUGUUUGCAACGUACUAUUACAGACACGAUUGUAACUCGAAGAACCAUAAAUACACGUAUAUCAUUAAUAAUUGUGUUACACGUAGUGCUAUUUAAAACGCGUGUGAAAUUUUUAGUGCGAUAUUUGACAGAUUAUUCCAGUUACUUUCACGUUACGCUCUCAAAGAGUUAAAAGUGCCAGCUUAUAAUUCUGCCACCUGGGAAAAGACAUCUUUGUUCGAUGAUACAAUGGCAAGCGAAACUGAUUUUCGAAACUCCGUGGAUAUAAAAAGAGUUAUGAUUGACAUCGAUCGAUAACAUUGAUUUUGAUUUCAAGAGAAUGAUUCCAAAUUUUUGAUUUUGUCUCAUAUAGAAUAAACAAAGCUUGAACAAAACAGUCUAUACCCGUGGUUCUUUGAUCCGUCAUUGAGACUAAUAAAAAUCUCUUAUUCAGUUCACUCAAAGAGAUACCGCAGAGUCCUAAAACAACAUCUCAAAGGCCAGAGAACAGAGACACCAGAGAGGCAUCAGCUGGAACAAACUCUAUCCACAAACUUGCCCGAUCAGAUCAGCGAACCUAAAAUCUCCGUAAGCAUCCGUGAAAGCUCACGGAUAGCCUUAAUUUAGGCUUUUCACUCGAGAGCACGAUGCACGUCGAUACUCGGGUCCGUCGAUACCUCUUCCGCCAACUGUCUUUCACCUUGGAAAGCUCGAAGGCCGCGCUCGUGUUCGAACACUUGGAACAGACUGUACCUGAACGGUUUGCAGGCGUGUAGCAUGCUCAUAGGCAGCGAGCGCUGGAAUGGAAGUCGGUGAGCCAGCGGACGAGGACGUGGACCGAUCGAUAGGCAGGCUCAGCACGACUUGCGGCAUCAGCCGCCUUUCACAAUCGCUCAACUCGAGCGUUCGCGACACCUUCGAAGCGACCACUGCUUCUGCAGACACUUACCAGCUAUCAAACGUCAUCUGGACGGCGAUCAAGGGCGUAGCGAUUGUCAGCAUUAUCGUCACCGCUCUGGUAGGGAACGCGCUGGUGAUCGCCAGCGUUAGAAGGCAUCGCAAGCUCCGAGUGCCAACCAAUCGAUACGUGGUCAGCCUGGCAGCGGCCGACUUCCUCGUCGCGGUCUGCGCCAUGUCUUUCAACGCAUCUGUCGAGUUGACUGGUCGAUGGAUGUUCGGAAGGAUCAUGUGCGAUGUGUGGAGCUCGUUGGACGUUUAUUUCUCCACUGCCUCUAUCCUUCAUCUAUGUUGCAUCAGCGUGGAUAGAUAUUAUGCUAUAGUCAGGCCGCUCGAGUAUCCUGCCAUCAUGAGGAGGCUCACAGUGACUUGUAUGCUGGGCAGUGCCUGGCUGCUGCCUGCUUUGAUCAGUUUCAUCCCUAUAUUUAUGGGAUGGUACACUACCGAAGAACAUUUGGAAGAGUUGAGGAAGAAUCCUCAGGUGUGCAAGUUCGAGGUGAAUCGACCGUACGCGGUGAUUAGUUCCUCGGUUUCCUUCUGGAUCCCCGGUCUCGUGAUGAUCGUGAUGUACUGCAAGAUCUACAAGGAGGCUGUUCGUCAAAGGGAGGCGCUCAGCCGUGCCUCUAGCAAUACCGUCCUAAACAGCGUUCACUUGCAUCGGGCCUCCACCUCGAGACAUCAUUCCAGGGCAUCCCAUCAGUUGUUGCUGCAUCCGAGCGACGCCAGUGACUUUGGCAGACCUGUGUCUUAUAGAACCGCCGCGGAGUUGAACGUGGAGAACGGUACUUCGAUACGACAGCAAACGAAGAGCUGGAGAGCCGAGCAUAAAGCUGCGAGGACGCUUGGAAUAAUAAUGGGAGCGUUCCUCCUUUGCUGGCUGCCAUUUUUCCUUUGGUAUCUAACGACCACUCUAUGUGGCGAGGCUUGCUACUGUCCAGACACGGUGGUAUCCGUCCUCUUCUGGAUAGGUUACUUCAACAGCGCCCUGAACCCGCUUAUUUACGCGUACUUCAACCGCGACUUCCGCGAGGCCUUCAAGGACACGCUGAUGAGCGCCCUGCCGUGCUGUGCGAGCUGCUGGAAAACCCCGUCGGAGUUCGUUUAGCGAAAGAAACCCCCGUGAACAGUCGCGUCGAGCAAGCUGUGUUUUGCGAUCCACAAAAGAAAUCGGUAUCGAUUCAUUCGCCGAGCGAUCGUUCAACUUGCCGUGCUAGGAAACGUCACAAUAAUGGACCUCGUUGUCUGUCGAUAAUGUCACCAAUCCAAUCUACUGACUUGAUUAAUUCGAGAGUGAUCGAAGGAAUAACGAAAGACGACGGUACUACGAUAAAGAAUAAUAUAUAUAACAUUACUUGAAAUUCAUAAAGAUAUCGCUUUUGGUAUAUGAAGUGAAAAGACUAUCUGACUGGAAACUUUUGUACAUCUAUUAAAAAAAAAAAAAAAAAAAAAUGAAAAAAAAAAAAUGAAAAAAAUAGUUAAUAAAUGGUUCGAUAAAUGAUUCCAUGAAUCAUAUUGUGUGGAUUAUUUUGUAUAAUUAUUAAAGAAGAUGAGAAAACGAUCAAGGGAUGAUUCUGCGGUGCAAUUUAUAAAAUAUAAUAAAUAAUUCGUAAAACAUAAAGCUUAAACUCUGAUUAAAAAGUACGUCUAUUAUGAGGAAUAUUCCUCCGAAUAUCAUCAACAAGAAACAAUAGCUUGCACAACGGUUAUCUUAAUAAAUAAAUUUGUUACUUUUAUAGUUUUACCUUUCUUUUAUUGUUAGUAGACUCAAAGGACAGUAACCUCGGAGUAUGACGAAAAAUGAAAUUCUGAUAAUUUCUCUUACGAAUUCGUGCACGUGUACAUCGAUUAAUUAGGAGAUGAAGAACGUUAGUUUAGAUUUUUAGUUUAUUAAAUUAUCAUAUAAGUUUAAUUAGAAUAAGAAACAAAAUUUAAAGAGAAAGAAAUGUCAGAUUAAAUAAUUUCCCAUUGUGUGUAUAAUUUUUUGUGUUCUGUGAUUUUUUACCACGGAAGAAUAAAUUUAAUUAUAGGAAAAAAAAAAAAAAAAAAAAAAGAAAGAAAACAACGAAAAUAGCGUUUCCUUUUCGCGAAAAACAAGAUAUUAACCAAAAGUUCAUUACCGGCGAAGUUAAUGAUCGAUCGAUUUAUUUCUUUAAUUGGCCCGUCGAGACAGAGAACUUGAUUCACAUCUUAAUUAAAGGCAAGCGGUCUCCUGCAAAAAUAGAAGUUUUGAUUAGUACCCCCGUUUCUUUCAUUCGUUUGAUUUAUCAUUUGCAAACUUGAGUAAGUAGAAUUCGUAAGAUAAAUUCGUGUUACACGAAUAAAUGGGAGACUGUGUCUUUAGUUUUCUAUUAAUUACCUGGAAAAUAUAUGUUAAGAAAAUGGUCUGUUUUUUGUUAUCUCUUCAAAACCCGUCAGUUUUAUCUUACGUGUUCCUUUCACUCUGUUAGGAAGCGUAUUUCAUGAAAAACGAAGGUACGAACUUGAUACAUUCGCAAUGAUCGCAAAGUACAAAAGUUUCAGUAAUUUCAAGCAGGUGGAUGAAAGUGGAUUGUUGAUUCUAUGAAAUCGACAAAUUUAGAAAUUGGAGAGUUUACUUAACUUAAUUUUAUGAAUAAAACAUUUUUCUUAUUUCCAUUUGAUUAAAAGAAGGUCUUGUAAUAAAAUCUGUUAACUUGCACGCAUUGUUGGGAUAUAUAAUAGCCAUCGAUGGAAUAAUGGGAACGUCCGUGUGAUAAAACCAGCUCAUAUUCAUCGAGCCUAAGCGAGAUUCGUGGCAUGCGUUGUCUUUGCCGAUAAAAUCGAUCACGCUCGAACGGCCGUCACGCUUGCACGAUUUAUCAGCACGUUAAUUAAUCGUCGUCAGAAAUCUGCGGCCGAGUCACGCGAAUUUUGUCAAAUUCUAAAACAUUCAACGCGGAGAACGAAUUUCACGCCAUUUUAGACUGAUCUUCAGGCAACUCUAAUCUCGAAUCAAGCCCAUUUUAGAAACUUCUUGCUCGUGGAUCGCAAUUAGUGGACCGUUGCGGUCACUUUCCUCGAAUCGCUAAACUUUGCGCGUCUAAUAUCGCGUAGAAAUUGCGAAUUGCCGAAUCCACAAGAUGGAGUUGGGAUUAAAUCUAUUUGAACGGUUUGAUUUCGAUUUUAACACUUCGGCGUAGUAAACGAUACAAUAUGAUAUAGACGCGUAAUUGUAAAUGACGUACAUAUUUUACAUGUUAUGUACAUGCUGCAUCAACCGUUGAUGGAAGAUGGUCCUAUUUUUUGAAUCUAAACUCUAUUAUUUUUAUAUUUUCCCUUGCUUUCAGUCCCCGAAUAAUACAUGCGUGAUACAUAUCUUGCGCUCUUCUUAUUCAUUUCCAUUUUAGCUAUUUCUGAGAGGUGUAGGCUUUUGUUGUUUAUCAUUCGUAUUUAUCUUAACGAAGUGAAAAAAUAAAGGCAGUGUUACAGCGACUUUUUUCAUUGGAAUUGUAUACAAUUAGAGGGUCAUUUAAAUUUGACAAAAGGUCUAGUAUACAGGAUAGAAAUAAUAAAUGCAGUCGGUUCACUUACUAGAUAACCCUAGUUUAUUUGUUAUAUAGAAACAAUGAAAAUAAUGGUCGCACAUGAGUUACGUUACGUUAAGAAUGAUAAAUGCGCAGUUACAUGUACAAGACGAGACAAGAUAUUUGCAUAUUUUUUUCACAAUUUUGCGAAAGCGGUGUAUAUAUGUAGAUUGAUUGAGAGUUCAGAGUAAUUACUUUCUAGUAAGGGAAUUGACAGUCGUUAGCCUCAGAAGAAAAUAGAUUUCCAGAACUUUUUCUUUUUUUUUUUUUUUUGUAUUUGUAAGAGAGAAUAUGGUUGAUUGAUGAAGUUUCACUUCCCAGGAUAAAUGAACGAGGAUCGAACAUCCUUAAAAAUGUAAUGGAAUUACGAAACUUUUCUUCGUCUACAAACAUACUCUUACCGAUACUAUCGCAUCUCGUUUUCUGUUCCAUACUUUCCGACUGCCAAUGCCGAGUAAAGAAAUUAUCUAAAAAAAUAUCGAGUACAAGAAUUGAAUAGACGCUGAAAUAAAAAUUAAGAAAACUUGUCAAAGAAUAUUAAAAAUUCCGUGCUAUUGUUCGAAAAAUAAUAUGGAAAAGAACUAAAAUCACAAUUGAAAAGAAUAUUACCGUUUAGUUUCGUUUGAAAUAAUAAUUCACAAAUAUCUUAUUUGAUAUGAUUUAUUUGAUUUCACCAUUUUCUACCAUCUUCCAAACAAUCAACAUACUCUGCCUUAAAAUUCCGUUGCAAUUAAUUUUCUUCCGCGGUAAGUGCGAGGUCGAUAUACCUAAGGAGCAGAAGUUGCUCCUGCAUGACGAAGUCGAUACAUACAUACGUACAUGUCGGGCUGCCUUUGGACGGGCGUCGCGGCGGUCGCUUAACACCGAUUUCGGACGAGCUGUUUGUGGCAAAUUGCCGCAGCGGCGACUGCUUGGAAGAACGUAAUCUAUCCUUUCUUCGUUAGGCGGAACAACUUUGUAUCUCUGUUCUUCCAACGCCGCCGCUGCUGCAAUUUGUCGCAAAUCGUUCGUCUGAAAACGAGCUUUUUGGCCCGGUGUAGACGAACGACUUUUGUCCGAGCGAUAUCGCUGUGAUCAUGUCUUCCUUUCUUUCACGCAGUUAAGAACAACGAAGGCAGACAUAUCGUCGGAGCGAUAUCGCACGGACAGCAGCCGUUCGUCUACACCGGGCCUUAGAUCUCCAUGCUCGAUCUCCUAUCGCUGUAACGCUUGUUUCUACUUCGUUUCUACGAUCCCUGUUAACGUUUCUACCGUGCGUUAUUCUCGCGAUACAGACCUUGUAUAUUGUGCCUUCCCUUUUAACUCAUUCUUUCCCGGUGGCCAACUCGAUAGAUGUAUCGACAUUGUUAUUUUUUAAUAUUUCCGAUUAAUUUAACGAUUUCAACAUUAAAUAGUACAUUUCGUAACUGGAGUUGUUAAAUAUCUGCGAAGAUGAGGCUAAAAGCCGAAUUCCGUCUCUUGGGUUCGAUGACACUCGACAAAGUCGAUUCGAAGGAUUUGGCGUGCAACCGGAAGCUCGUAAACGAAUUGGCUGGUCAGUCGAACGAAAGACUGAGACUCGACGCGAGCAUUAAUAAUAAGCGGAAACGGGGGGAGAACGACAAAUGAAUUCUUCUAUGUCUUUCGUCGGCACGUAACGAAAUUGCAAAUUUCGACAGAGGUUCACGUGCCGGAAACGCGUCGCCCUGUAAACGUUCUAAGACUUUAGAUAGAUGGGGCUCGUUAAAUCGGGAUCUUGCGCGCUUUUCGUUCGCCAGUCGUACUUUAUGACAUCUGCUUGCUGCAAUGGCACAUUCUACGAAUUUUUGUUUUAUUUUUAGACACGACUACAGUACAGCUACCUUUUAGAUCAAGGGCAAAUGUAUUAUGUGAAAAUGUUUUCAAUGUUUAACAAUAAUUUUAGGUGGUUCAAGUUUUUCCCUGAAGCGGGACUUGAGCCAGGAUGCAGAUAUUUCUCGGAUACUUAAUAACACGAGAAACAAAGCGACAUUCUCAUCGAUAUUGUCAAAAGAUAACAAUCUGAAGAAAAAUCGGCGACUCGUUUUGCUUCCAAUAUGAGAUAAUUAUUACAUUUAUAAUACAUUAUGUACAUUGUAAUACAAUCAUCGUUGUGUUUCGAAACUUUCUUCUUCCAAAAUGCAGUUCUUAAGAAAUGAUAAAGCAACUUGUAAGAUAUAAUUAUAAUACUUUCUCCAAUAAUUUAGAAGUUACGUAGAAAUUCUGUAAGUGUAAUAAAUAUACAUUAGGUUCUUUAAUGUUGUUGAAAAUAUAUUUCAACGAUCAGAUUAUGUUUAAAAAAAUCAUGCUGUUUAUAUAUACAAAUGUAUGUAUGUAUGUAUGUUCAUUGAAUAAAUGACUGGCUUGGAAUUAGCUCGCAAGAUGUUUGAAGUCGCGUUUAAUUUGUAAAUAACAUGUCAAACGUAAACGAAACGUAGCUUAAAAACAAACAGUGCUACCUAGCUGUAAUUAGAGAAGAACAAAUGCUGUAUUACCUGUAACGCGAUAUUUAUUAAAAAUGAGAUUGUUGCGAGGAAAGAGCGUUGAGCUGCGUUUAAUAAAAACUGAAAAUAGACAAGGUGAACGUUCAUCCGUUGAGUCUGAAGUAUGUACAUAGUUUUUAACCAAUAUAACGUAGACCACGCCAAGUCUACAUCGUAGAACAAAUUGUAUAGGCAGAGUUCAUUAAUACCGGAUCUUGAUAUAGCUUAUAAAUCGAUUAAAAUCGACAUGAUAUUAUAUUAAGAUUAUUGCUGUUAUUAAAUUAUACUUAUUUAUAUACAUAUAGAAUUUACGUUUCUCCUUAGAAAGUUAUCGUUUGAAGAAAUGGCAAAACUGACCGGUACUCGAUAUGAUUAUAAGAAAAGAUGCUAAAUUCCUUCAUCUAUUUUCCAUCUUCGUAUUAGUCGAUUCAAAAAUCAAUCCUACAUCUUUUAUUUUAAAGAUUACAAAAUUCGUUCCCAUUAUAAAUGGAAAUUUAUGCAUCUAAAAUACACUUAUGUUCGCUUACUUUAAACAUAAUGCUUAUCAAGAUAAAGAUCCUACAAUAAAAUCAUAGUUAUAAUUCCCUGGAUUGCAAACGAUUAAUAAAUGUAAACCUUGUUUUGUAAACGUAACGUCCAUAUUUUCUCUUAUUAUAAAUAGUUACAUAGUAUGUAUGUAUACUUACGGGCAAUGUACAUCGGACUAAAAUUCCCAAAUUCAAUUAACCGUAAGAUUUUGCAAUCUUCGCAAUUUCUUUCUUGAUGAUAAGCCUUUCAUUAAGAGCUUGUAUUUACGUCUAUUUGAUGCUCCUUCAAGAUCCGGUAGUAAAAAAGCUCGGCCAAUACAAGCUUACGAAAUUUUCUGAAGCGAUAAAAAGAAUAAAAAAGAGACGUACGUAUCGCAAGCAAAAACAAAGAAACUACAAGUGCACAAUGGAGAGUUGAAUCUUACUGAACAUUCUCUCCAUCUAUCUACGUACGGUAUGUGGUGCCAAGUUUCCCCUUGGUUCCACGCACCACGUUGCGUCGCGCUCGUCAUUUUAUUCCCGCGGAAAGUAGCGAGUCGAGUUUUCCUUCUGGAACAAGAAAAAGAAGAGGAAAAGAAGUAAAAAAGGAAGAAAACCGGUAAAAAACGUCGCGACCGCUUCAUUCUUCAUUCAUAUGGCCUAUUGUACGCGUCUAGACUGUAUAAAUGUACUAUAGCAAUAAUUAAUCGAGUACUGUACAUACAUUGACGAAGAAGAAUUUUUUUCGUGGAUGCAAGAAUGCGUGUCGUAAGCGUGCGUGACGUGUGAUCGUCGUUUUUGUAAGUUGUAAGUCGUGAAUGAUCACGGCCAGAGCGUGCCGUUCGCAGCAUUAACGUGUAUUUUACGUGUUGCUUAUGUGUACACAAUUCACUCCCCUUUAAUCCAUACGCUCAGCGCUCCCAAAUGCGAUUCGUUAAUUAUGAUUGUUACUAUUAUUAUUAUUAUUAUUAUUAUUGUUGUUGUUGUUGUUAUUAUUAUUAUUAUUAUUGUUAUUAUUAUCACUAUUAUCAUUAUUACUACUGCUAUGGUAUGAUUUGCAUCGUUCAGCAGCCGAGCAGAUCGAGUAGGUUCCCGAUGGAUGGAUUAACUCGCGAAAAUAAUAAAAGUAAUUUUUUAGCGGUCGAAAAACAGUCGAGAGGGUAACCGGGCCGUUUUUCCGUUUUUCCAAUGUCAGUGACAGCUGUCCGAAUGAGUUUAGCAAACUAUGGCCAAUUUUGUUCGCGUAAAACUAGUGCAUGCGUGAUUAAUCGAUAGUAGGUAGUAGUUCGUAGUUUGGACGAACGAUACGAUGCAGGGUCAUAAUUUGAGAAAUAUCGCAACACGCUUUCUCGUACGUAACUCUCGGACUUUUAAUUUUCUUCUCUUAUUGGACAUCGAUCGAUGUAAGAAAGUUUAUUUAAUCGUUAAUUAAUUUGAUUUACGAUAUCUAUUGCAUUAACUUCUUUACUGUGUUUGAUAGGGAUAACUUAUUACUUUGAGAACAUUAACUCUGUCAUAUAAUAACCUUUGUUAUUGUGUUUCACAGAAAGUUUAUUAUCUUUGAAAUCGAAUAUUUCGAAUAUUUGGGAAUCCUAAACGAUACGGUUUCGUCUGUUCUACUGUUUCAAAUCCUAACCGUGUGUUAAACCUAAAAAGAAAAAAACAAACAAAAAAGACACUAUUUUGAGUUUUUAGAUAUUAAACAUGACAAAAUCGUGUAUCAUUUUAAUUUAUCAGUAACAUAUAUCUACAUGUAGCGUACAAUAACAUAUUUAUAUUACCAUAUAGAGAAAUGUAAUCGCAAAUAAUAAUACGCAAAAAAGUUCAAUCAUAUUUCCUUCCUUUUGUUUCACAAACAUGCCUACGCGUCUAAAGAGGGAUAAAAGUCGCCGGCUUUGUUCGCUCGAACGCUGUCACUGACCCACGUAUACGUCACCGGCAGUCUCCUCGAUUCGCUCGAAUUUCCGAUUAAUUCUAUUCGUUACAUUCGAAUUGUCCGACGAUAAUGACAAUCGCCUAAAACGUUGCGUCUGUCGAUUCGACGUCGAUAUGUCGACAGAGAACCGUGAUAUUGGAAAGGGAAUUAUAUUUCGAGCAAUUAGGCAGCGCUGAUGGCAUUGUUACACGUGACAAUACAAACUGCUGUGCUAGAUUUUUCGAUAACAUCCGGACGGACAUCUCGACAAAUACUUAUAAUUUUGACUUCUUAUCGAUUCUGCUACAUCAAUAUCGCCUUUCACGAUUGAACCAAUAUUAUUUAUGAAAUUUUAUAGGUUAUAAUUUACAAGCUAUCGAUAUUAAUUUAAUAAAAUACAUUUAAUAAAAUACUCGCUCGUCAAUAAAUUAGAGGAAGCGCGGAAACGGUAUGAAUACCUAAGUAAAGUGAUCGAAAGUGAUUUAUAAGAUAUUGUAAUUUAGUUAAAAGAAAGUGAGAAAAAUAACAUCAAACAGGAAAUUUAUUACUUUGAAAAAGAAGUUUAAUCGAUCGAGAGAUUAUGUUAUAUAAAAUCGUUUUAUCUUUUUGUGCAGGCCAUAGUAAUCUUUAAGCGAUAUUAAAUUUCCGAUGGAAACCGUAAUUUAUGAAAUUAUAAACCGAGUUUGCAAGAUUACAAAAAUUUUCACGGAGAGAAUUUUAUUUUCCAAUAUAGAUCCAACUUCAUCAUCCGAAGUAGAGUUCUUAACAAAUCCGCUUUUAGAGAUUUCAAGAAUUUCAAAGCUGCUAUAAAUUUACACUUUCUACAAGUAUAUACUUUGCGGUUCAGUUCUUAGCUUCAAAGAAGCCAUUCCCGUCAGUCUCUGUUUUUCAUCUUGUUACGAAUUAGUAGCUACACCUGUCAAUCUUAAAUACAUUUCUCUUUGCAUUCUAUCUGAAAAUUUUCAAAGAAAAUAUUAUCCUAAUCAAAUUUGAUGAAAUUGCUACUACUAAAUACGAUUUUUAGGCAAUAAUUUACUGUACUUAUUACAUGAUAAAUAUAAUUACAAGUAAAUUGUAAAUAAAUUUUUAAAGAUAUUAAAUUUAAUGUUUCUUAAGCAAUCUCCAUUUUUUUUUUUUUUUUAACAUAAAUAGGCAUUAUCUUCAUUAAUAAACACAAUGGAAAUCGUUAGUUUAAAAUUUAUUAAGCAGUCACAUCGGCGCAAACAGAUAAACUUUAAAAUAAAAUUUUUUUGAGAGAACUUCCAGAUAACGGAUAGUUGGUACAAGAAUCGAGCGAAUUCGAGGAAUUUGGAAUGGAAUUUAGCUUACUGACAGCCAAGAAUCAAAUGACAAGCAUGUAAAGUGUCGCUUUCGAUGCAUCAACCUGAUCUUUAUUUCUCUAUGUAGGAUACACGGAGUUACAUUGGCCGUCACGUUCAUAGAUGUUUUUGUUUUUUAUCGGGCUCCCGUUCGUAGCGACACGGUUUUAGAGAGGAAACACCUCCCACUCUGUGUAAUCGUUAUCAAACAGUAUGCAGAGUUAACGUCGCAAACUGUAGCUUUCAUGUAAAACGAAUCGAGAGGAAGAAGGAAAGGGGUGUGAUCUUGUAAUUGAGCGACACACGAACAUUCUGAGAAGUUAAAUCGAUCGAUUUAAUUUUGCAUCAAGUGUUCAAUUUCAUUAGCCAGGUACGCAGUGAAUAUUCAACAUUUCGAAGAACAAAGGACUUUCUUUCAUGAAUUUACUCACUACGGGUAGAUAAUCACGAACUUUAAAGAAAAUUUCGAAAAAUAAUGUUUACAAUUAUUACGUCAUUUUUCUCCACAUUUCAGUUUAUCGAGUUGAUCAAUGUGAUUUUCGAGCGUCUCGUAUGACGAAGAAGUAAGGCAUCCAAAUGCUUCGAUCGUUCUCGAUCUGCAUACUCGUAUGUCAUAUAUUUUUUUUUCUCUUUCUCUCUCGCGCGCGCACAAAACACACACAUACACACAUACAUAUGCGCCCUCACUCAGUCACUCACUCACGGUGUCCAACUCCACAGUGCGUGUUAGAAAUUUGUUUCCCUUUGAAAUGUCACAACAACCACUUGGUUCAUCUUAACUUGUUUGUUUAUGACCGCAUUAUUGUAUUUACUUUACUAUUGUAAUGUCUAUUAAUUUUAAUACUUCAUAGAUUUCAAACUAAAACGGGGAGCUAUAAUAUACUAUAAUCUCCAACAAAAUUUCAAUCGUAGAGGGUUAAUUUUAAAUCAGAUUAAUCAUAGUUUUAAUAAAUUAUACUCGUAUCGAUUACUUAAUUUUUGUAUAGCUGCCUGAUAAUCUUCGGAAUAUCGACUGAUAUUAAUAUGUUUUUGAAAAGUAUUUAUAUACAUAUAGCGUCAGCAUCGAUUAUGUUAAAGCAAUGUAAGAGAAAUGUGACAGAAUGUCUUUAGUAAAGUAAAGUAAAGCUUGGUACUUGUUUCGUAAAAAGGAUAGAAAGAAGAAGAACACGUACAAAUUAACAAGAAGUAAUUUCAGAGAAUAAGAGUUUUGGUGUUUCAAAGAGUUGGGAAAGAGUUUAUCUUGCCAAAUUAUUGGACAUUUAACUCGAAAAAAAUACAUCCACCGAGAAAGAAGUUUGAAUGGGAAAAUGUGAGCAAAAAUACCGUGGAAUUUCGCUAAUGCAACACGAAUAAAGAUCGAUGGUAUCGAACUAAUGGAACUUUAACAAGUUUCCUACAUAGAAAUUGUUCGUAUUAUCAAGGCAUAUAACAUUAUCGCGCAGAUGAAAAGGAAAGUGAAGGGAAAAAAUAUCUGCCAAUUAUCGUUCAAUAAUGAUGAAAAUCUGUUCGUGAAACGAGUAAUACAAUUUUUUCACGGCGAUGUAUAUAUAUGUUCCAAAUAUUAGGACAACGGCCUUGGACAGCCAAGAUUCUUAAGAACUCUAUUCUACAAUCAGAAGACGUUAAACGUACAAUAGAAUUUUGAUUAUCCAAACUAACUGUUCGAAUAAUCAAGUAAUUUUGUUUGUAUACGAAAUAAGAUAAUUUAUUUUGAACCAUUUUAUAAAAUUUCAUACUAAAGAGAAACAAAAAAUUUUGAAUAGAAAUAUAACAAAAAAUACUUUAAUUUCUAUUCUUUCUUAGAGGUAUUAUCCCUAAAAUUUUUUGUUCAUUGAUGUUCCGAUAAUCAAAUUCUGUUUUAUCUACCAUAUAUAGAUACAUGCUUGUAAGAAAUAUAACUUUUAUUUUACGAGAAAGAAACAGAAGAAAAGAUAUUUGUAUUUAUAUGUACUGUGGAAUUACUACUUGUGUUUCGUUUACGUAUUCCGAGACGAUUAAUGUUAAGGGAAAUGUGAAAUACGAUGUGACGCUGUUUCGUGUGAUGCCGUGCGAGGAACAUUCGUUCGGAACGGGGUUCAAUGUUUCGUAAAUAGCAAGCGAACCUACUAUUCGACGAAAGUAUUAAGAGAAAUAAAAGAAAAUUGUGCUAAUGUGCGGCACACGAGUUAUCAAAGAA